UCAAUGGAUUCAUACUAGGUAGCUAAAAGUUUUGGAUGGUGUUUUGCAUUUUUUUCUUAGUCGUAGACCAAAAAGGAGAGUUCACUGCCGCUUCACUUCAUCGGUUACCGAAGACGGUGGUAUCAGUGUCUGAAUCAUGGGCAGCGAACCUGGUCCGGUGCAAAUCGUGACCGUAAGCAAGGAGGACCACUCCUUCUCCCUGGACACAGAGGCGUUGGGGCGGAUCCUGCUGGCACCGGAUGUGCGGGAGAAGCAUGUGGUGGUGCUGUCCGUCGCUGGGGCCUUCCGCAAGGGCAAAAGCUUCCUCUUGGAUUUCAUGCUGCGCUUCAUGUACAGGAAGCAGGCCGGAGAGGACUGGCUGGGUGGGGAGGAGGAGCCACUGACUGGGUUCUCCUGGAGGGGGGGGUCCGAACCUGAGACCACAGGGAUCCAGCUGUGGAGCGAGGUCUUCCUGGUGGAGAAGAGUGAUGGCACUGAGGUCGCAGUGCUGCUGAUGGACACCCAGGGCGCCUUCGACACCCAGUCCACCGUCAAAGACUGUGCCACAAUCUUCGCUCUCAGCACCAUGACCAGCUCCAUACAGAUCUACAACCUGUCGCAGAACAUCCAGGAAGAUGACCUGCAGCAGCUCCAGCUGUUCACAGAGUAUGGGCGUCUGGCCAUGGAUGAGAUCUUCCUGAAGCCCUUUCAGUCACUAAUGUUCCUCAUCAGAGACUGGAGCUUUCCAUAUGAAUAUGGCUAUGGCUUCAAAGGGGGCCGGGAAUUUCUGGACAAACGCUUGCAGGUGAAGGACUCUCAACAUGAAGAGCUGCAGACUGUGAGAGAGCACAUCUCCUCCUGCUUCACUUCAAUUUCUUGUUUCCUGUUGCCACACCCAGGGUUAAAGGUCGCCACCAGCCCCACCUUCAAGGGGCAGCUCAAGGACGUGGCUUCAGAGUUCAAGGAGGAGCUGCGCAACCUGAUUCCCACGCUCCUGGAACCGGACAGCCUGGCCGAGAAGGAGAUCAAUGGCAGCAAGGUCACCUGCAGAGGCCUGCUGGAGUACUUCAAGGCAUACAUCAAGAUCUACCAGGGAGAGGACCUGCCCCACCCCAAGUCUAUGCUGCUGGCUACAGCAGAGGCCAAUAACCUGGCAGCUGUGGCUGCCGCUAAGGACCAGUACUACAAGAACAUGGAGAAGACCUGUGGCGGAGAUCUCCCCUACGUCUCCCCAGAUUCCCUGGAGGAAAAGCACCACUUCUUCCUCCGCGAAUCCCUCCACCUCUUCACCUCCACAAAGAAGAUGGGGGGGCAGGACUUCUGCAAGCGGUACCAGGUGCAGCUGGAGGUGGAGCUGUCAGAUCUGUGGGAUUCUUUCAAGAAGCACAAUGAGUCCAAGAAUGUCUUCAGUGCUUUCCGGACACCUGCUGUGCUGUUUGUCCUGGUGUGCCUUCUGUACGUGCUGUCGGGCCUACUGCUCUUCAUCGGGCUGGCCACCGUCGCCACGGCGUGUGACUGUGUCCUGGGCGUGGCCAUGAUCGCCAUGCUGACCUGGGCCUUCAUCCGAUACUCGGGGAAGUAUCGCGGCGUUGGGAGCGCCAUCGACCAGGCCGCUGGUGUGCUUCUGGAGCAGGCGACAGUGGUGCUGAACAAGUCCAGAGGGCCGCCUGUUGCCCAACAGAAGAAAACCAGCUAGCUUCUCAACCCAGGAGAAGACAGCACAUCAUGCCCCACACAAGACAUCACGCACAGCACACAGAGCACAGCACAUCACAGCACACC